UCUCACAGUCAACAUUUCCACACUCUGGUCAUUCAUAUGUUUCUUAGACUAUUGUGCACAAAGUAAGGUUGAUACAUGCACUAAAGAGGCUACAUUUAACAUUCAAUUACCAAUUAAUGUUUCUUGUUUUUUUUUUUGUCUUUGGCAGUUAUGUCGAGUCAUUCUUCAUUUCCCUGACCUCCAUUGAGCAGGACCUUCAGUACAAUAUGGUGUCCAUGAAUCUGAACCAAUCACAAAUCAUUCAGCUCCAAAACAUCACAACCUACAGUAAAGCCCAUUGCAACUCAGGAAAGGUGACAACCCUGAAAUGUCUAGAGUGUGGCUCCAGACCUAAGCACUUAACUCGUAUCGUUGGAGGAAACAUCUCCCAGCCAGGCCAGUUUCCCUGGCAGGUUAGCCUUCAUUUCAGCAGUGAACACCUCUGUGGAGGUUCUAUCAUAACAUCACGUUGGAUUGUCACAGCAGCACACUGUGUGUUUGGAUUUGCAGACCCUUCCUUGUGGGUAGUCCAUGUGGGAGAGAUAGAGCAACCAGUCCAUGGAGCCCUGUCUCUUGCAGUGGAGCAAAUCAUACAUCAUGCUCGUUAUCACCCCAAAGGACUGGAUUAUGAUGUUGCACUUGUGAAACUCACCAAGCACCUUGUUUUCAAUGGACUUGUUGAGCCUAUCUGCCUGCCUAAUUAUGGGGAAGAAUAUGACGAGGGUACCAUGUGCUGGAUCUCUGGAUGGGGAGCAACGGAGGACAAAGGAGAGACCAGUGUGGUUUUGCAAUCUGCUAUGGUGCCCCUCCUGUCCACAAAGACCUGUAACCAGCCACAGGUUUACCAGGGCUUCAUCUCACCAUGGAUGAUCUGUGCAGGAUACUUGGGGGGAGGAACAGACUCCUGUCAGGGGGAUAGUGGGGGUCCUCUUGCUUGUGAAGACUCAUCUCUAUGGAAGCUGGUGGGGACAACGAGCUGGGGCAUUGGCUGUGCUAUAAGAAACAAGCCAGGCGUAUACACCAGGAUCACACAGUCACUUCACUGGAUCCGGCAACAGAUGGAGAGAGAAGACGGUCCUAACUAACCCAGCAACUGAAUCACCUUUUCGAUGGAGACUGCAAUCCCUUUGAUAUAGAGUAAAUGAUGCAAUUAGUUUAGAUAUUCUUUCUAUUCUAUUCCAAAAUAAAAAGCUCUAAGUCAAACCAGGCAAGACAAAACAUGAUGCUUUAUAAAAAGAAAAACAGGCAUGGAAAGAGAUGUUUGCAUUCCCACAUCUUGGGUUUUCCUGGACAUAUUAGGAAACUAUCUCUUACUCAGAAAAGUAAACACACACAGGCGCACGCACGCACACAGAACUCACAUAGGCGCACGUGCACACACAGGCACACACAUGCACACACACUAGGGAUGGGCGGUAUGCAUCGUUUGCAAAAUGAUCGUGAAUGUUGUUUUACCGAUGUGUAAUUUUUCCAGAUAUGGAGUUUUCUUUUUUAAGUCGCCAAUAAUCAAUAAAGUGCAGCGCCAGUG